UUCAUGUAGCCAGUGUUUGUCAGAGUUAGUUGAAACUAGCUAACGUUAGCUUCAUGUAGCCAGUGUUUGUCACAGUUAGUUUGAAGAAGAGGAGGAGAAGAGGAUUAAGAAGAAAAGGAGGAGAAUAAAACAUUAAUGGAGGCUAACAGUCGUCUACAGAGACACUUCCUGUCUGACAGUGUGUGUGUGUGUGUGUGACCACAGCUCCCCCUGCUGGUCACUUUAUCAUCUGCACUAAAGAUAUUAAUAUUAUUAUUUAUUAAUAUUGAUUCAUUAGAAACUCUUCUUCUUUUAAUUACUUUAAUAAUUUAUAUUCAUGUGUUUAUAAAACAAAGUAUUUCCUAAUUCAGCAAGUAGUAGAAAAUACUCCAUAAGUGUAGUAUUAGUACAUAUUUAGUGAGUUAUUUAGAGUUUGAAUACCUUUUUGUGAAGUUAAAUAUGAUAUGUGAUAUAGUUUGCAGCUUAUAUAUAAAUAAUAUGAAUAAAUUAAACUUCUUCUCUUGAAGGCACAUCGUGACCUUUAACCUCGUCAUACUUAUAUACAAAUAUCCCUUGGUUUAUUUAUUUAUAAUUUAUCUUGAUAACGUUUAUAUGUUCUUUAAUCUGUAUUCAAUACAAAUAAAAUAUAAAUAAAAACAAUUAAAAUAAACUUUGGCUCAACCGGAAACGUUUAGUGUAGUAGCGUUUUAACUUCCGGUAGCAGCCUGUAAACAGCAGCUAGCUGUUAGCUUCCCAAGCUAUUCUCUUAUUCGUGUGUAGGAAAAGAAAACAAGACACCGUAGAAGAAGAAUGGCCUCUCCUCCCCCCCUCUCCUCCCUGCGCCUCCUCCUCCCUCCUCUCCGCCUGCUGACGGCGGCCAUGUGGCAGGUUGCUCAGCGUCAGAGUGUGAGUCAUUAUGGGAUGCUGGAGGACUUUGUUUCCCUGGUGACAGAGGCGGUCCCACAGUUGCUGACGGACAGACAGAAGAGCCUGUUGCUGCUGGCUCUCAGGGCCAAGGUGGCCCUCUGUGAUCCUACGGGACAACACGAUGUCUACAAGACAACGUCUGACCACCAGGUGGAUGAACUGUGCUCCUCUCUGGUGACUCAGAGUCCAGAGGAUAGACUCCGCCUCCUGCAGGAGGUGUUCCACCACGACUUUGACUCCGCCCUCCAGUCUCUCAUCUCUGACUUCCUGUCCAGGAUCGACCAGCUGUUUCCUGUGCCUGACUUCAAACAGGCGGCGUGCUGGCUCGACACUGCCGCCGGUGGUCUGGAGGACUGUUUGCAGGAGGCGGACUGCGACGAGCUGAGGGAGCUGCUGACCAAUCAGAGCUGUCGACUGGGUCGUGCCACCACCACGGUGGGUGACGACACAGAGAAGCUCCUCCUCUCCGCCUGGACACACCCCCUUCUCACCAAACCAACCAAUCCUGAGCCUCCUCUCAGCGAGAUCCAAUCAGAUCCUCCGCCUGACGUGGAGCGGGUGAAGGAGGAGGUGGAGGUGAUGAUGGAGGACCAAGAAGAAGAACAGGAGGUGGAGGAGGAGACUGUGAUUGGUCCGGUGGAGCAGGAGGCGUCCAAUCAGAGCUCAGCGGUGGACGGCGACGAAUAUGCGGUCACACCUGUGAUUGUGGAGGACAGGUUGGAUGACUCAUCUGGAGACUUUGUGGACCAAUCAGAGCAAGGCUGCUCUGAGGUCACUGCUAAUGCUCUGUACAGCAUUUCCCACAAUUCUCAGCGGGUCGCUCACAAAUGUCCUCAGUGUGGAAAAUGUUUCAUCUACCGAUCUCAGGUGAUCCGUCACCUGCGUACCAAUAAGUCCUGCGGGUCGACCUUGUCGUCGACUAGAGCUGUGAACCUGCAGAGUUUACCUGAGGUAGAGCCCCGACCCCCGGAGCCCCGCCCCCUGGCUCCACGCCCCUCCAGGACCCACUCCUGUUUCCAGUGCAACGCCACCUUCAGAACCAAAGCCGAGCUUCUCUCUCACCAGCGCAGCCACCGGGCCCGACCCGUCUACCAGUGCGGCCAGUGUGACAAGGAGUUCCACCACCUUUCCAGUCUGACCAAUCACAAGCAGACGCACCUGGACCGAGGCGGCUUCACCUGCAGCCGCUGCGACAAGGUGUUCGAGUCGGCCAAAAAGAGAGAUGCCCACCGGCUGCAGCACCGGCUGCCGGACCUCACAUGUACGGUGUGCGACCAGACCUUCAGCUCUCAGACUCGGCUGCUAAGACACCUGCAGACCCACUCUGUGGAGGGAGCCGAGCCCUGCUACAACUGUCGCUUCUGUGAGCAGAGCUUCUCAGGAGUGACCCAGCUCCGUAUCCACCAGCGCACGCACACUUUCCGCUCGUACCAGUGCGACCAGUGCAGCAAGACGUAUGGCUCCCUGACCGGCCUCCAGUCCCACCGGGCGAGCCACACCACCGAGAGCCGCUUCCUGUGCCCGCAGUGCGGCAAGCGGUUCAAGACCCGCGACGGUCUGGAGGGCCACCUGAGGACCCACACCGGAGAGCGGCCCUACCGCUGCCCAUACUGCCCUAAGGACUUCACCGCGCUCGCCGGACUCAACGUGCAUGUGCGCCGCCACACCGGGGAGCGACCGUACGUGUGCACGGUGUGCGGUAAAGGAUGGCCGUCCGGAGGAGACCUGCAGAAACACAUGAGGACUCAUACAGGAGAACGACCGUACGUCUGUCUGGAGUGUGGAAAAGGGUUCUCCAUCUCCUGUCACCUGACCGAGCACCGCAGGAUCCACACUGGUAAGAAACUACUGACUGAAGUAUUCACGCUGAUAAGAAACUACUGACUGAAGUAUUCACACCGGUAAGAAACUACAGACUGAAGUAUCCACACCGGUAAGAAACUACAGACUGAAGUAUCCACACCGGCAAGAAACUA